GCGCGCGCCCCGCCUGGCUUGGGUGGGGUCCCCGCCGCUGCGUCCACCACACGCCAGGCCCUGGCAGCCAGGCCCGCGGCCGUCGCGCAGGCUACCCGGUGACUCCCUCGGCCGCGCCGCCCCGCGCCUCCGGGACCAUGCUGCGCUGGCUGCGGGGCUUCGUGCUGCCCACGGCGGCCUGCCAGGACGCCGAGCCGCCGACGCGAUACCAGACCCUGUUCCAGCAGCUGGACCGCAACGGGGACGGCGUGGUGGACAUCGGCGAACUGCAGGAGGGGCUCCGGAACCUGGGCAUCCCCCUGGGCCAGGACGCCGAGGAGAAAAUUUUUACUACUGGUGAUACCAACAGAGAUGGAAAGCUGGAUUUUGAAGAAUUUACGAAGUACCUUAAAGACCAUGAGAAAAAAAUGAAAUUGGCAUUUAAAAGUUUAGACAAAAAUAAUGAUGGAAAAAUUGAGGCCUCCGAAAUUGUUCAGUCUCUCCAGAUACUAGGUCUAACUAUUUCUGAACAACAAGCAGAGCGGAUUCUUCAAAGCAUUGAUGCCGAUGGGACGAUGACAGUGGACUGGAAUGAAUGGAGGGACUACUUCUUAUUUAAUCCUGUUACAGACAUCGAGGAAAUAGUCCGUUUCUGGAAACAUUCUACUGGUAUUGACAUAGGAGAUAGUCUCACUAUUCCGGAUGAGUUCACGGAAGAUGAGAAGAAGUCGGGACAGUGGUGGAGGCAGCUGCUGGCGGGCGGCAUCGCCGGGGCCGUCUCCCGCACCAGCACCGCGCCCUUGGACCGUCUCAAAGUCAUGAUGCAGGUCCACGGUUCAAAAUCAGACAAAAUGAGCAUAUAUGGCGGCUUCCGGCAGAUGGUGAAGGAAGGAGGCGUCCGCUCCCUUUGGCGAGGAAAUGGUACGAAUGUCAUUAAAAUUGCUCCCGAGACAGCUGUGAAGUUCUGGGCGUAUGAACAGUACAAGAAGAUGCUUACUGAGCCAGGACAGAAAGUGGGAACCCUUGAGAGAUUUGUCUCUGGUUCCUUGGCCGGAGCGACUGCACAGACAUUUAUUUAUCCCAUGGAGGUUUUGAAAACCAGGCUGGCCGUAGGCAAAACUGGGCAGUACUCUGGGCUGUUUGAUUGUGCCAAGAAGAUUUUGAAACGUGAAGGCAUGGGAGCUUUUUACAAAGGUUAUAUUCCCAACUUAUUAGGCAUCAUACCUUACGCAGGUAUUGAUCUUGCUGUGUAUGAGCUCUUGAAGGCCCAUUGGCUGGAAAAUUUUGCCAAAGACUCGGUGAACCCCGGAGUCACGGUGUUGCUGGGGUGUGGCGCCUUGUCUAGCACCUGUGGGCAGCUGGCCAGCUACCCGCUGGCGUUGGUGAGGACACGCAUGCAGGCUCAAGCCAUGGUAGAAGGAACCCAACAGCUGAACAUGGUUGGCCUCUUCCGACGAAUUGUUUCCAAAGAGGGAAUACCAGGACUCUACAGAGGCAUCACCCCAAACUUCAUGAAGGUGCUCCCCGCUGUAGGCAUCAGUUAUGUGGUUUAUGAAAAUAUGAAACAGACUUUAGGAGUAACCCAGAAAUGACACUUUGAAUGUUUUGCUUUUGCGCAAUUAUUGAGAUUUCCUAUAAUCUCCAGAGGGACUGUUUUCUCCUAGAACUGCAAGUCAAUGGCAAAAGAAUCCAUAUUUUUUUCACAAAAGGGAAGAGCUUAUCAAGGAUCACUUUAAACAUUUGGGCUCAAUUUUAUACAUACAGAAAUGUUUUUAAAAAAUCAUAGUUUUGAAGCUCAUACAAUUCUGAAAAGGCCAGAAAAUUGUAUUUUAUCUCUUCUUCUUAGUCCUUUCUACAAAUCUCUGCCCUGAAUCCUAAAUCUGAAACAUGUACCUGCUUGAACUAAAUUUGUUUUGUGUGGUAGAAUUAUAAAUCAUUCAUCUUUAUUUUUGAUGGUUCAUGUUUGUGCCAGUUUCUUUAUACUUAAGUCUUUUUCUUAAAAACAAGAUGAUCAGAAAACCUUGAAACUUAAAUUGUUUUAUAUAUUUUGAAUGUUUUUAUAGACUUCUUAAAAUUUCCUUUUAGAGCCAUUGAUAGAAAAUCGUUGCAUGAAAACAUACCUUCCAUCGGCCAGAUAAGCAGUGAGGUUAUGUUUGUCUUUCUUUAAGCUGAAUAAGAAUGAACCUAAGUGGCUGAAUUUCAAGGGAUACAAAUACCCUACAUCCUUUUGUCUAUAUAAAGGGAUAUAAAUACCCUUUAUAUCACUUUUGUCUAAGGAGGAUUGAUGAAAUAAUACUUACUUCAGCGGGCCUUGUCCCCUUUUCCUUGCAUUGUUAUUUGGGACCUGGGAGGACACACUGACUGUUAGUAUGUUACUGUUACGUUACCAAAACACUGGCAACUGACUUGAAAGAUUUUGCUUAUUCUGUCAUUGCUUCAAAAAGUACCAAGAAACAAAAUCUUUUUACUUAGUAUCAGCUUUUGAAGAGCAUCUUUCUUUUCUCAGUCCUUUGUUUCCUACUUGAGUCAGAUUUUGUUUUAAUCAGGAAGGCUUCUGGGGGCUGUCCUUGGUGAUCUGCAGUUUCCUGAGUACGUGAAGGGGUUGGUCAUGGGGGGAUGGCUUUCUCUUCUCUCCUCACUGUCCAGUUUCUUCAAACCUGCCUUUCUCAGCUUGGGCAGGACGGACCCAAUCGUACCUAGUAGGUACUUACACCUGAAUGAAAGGCCCGAUUUUAAAACAUAUACAUUCAUAGUCUCUCUUGCCCCAAGUUUUAGAACAUGUUUUCAUGAUAUAGAAAACUUACUUUUAAUGUUGUGGCAUAUUUUUAUUUUACUAAAGCCAUUUUUGUAGUUAACUGUCUUUUCUGAUUUAUGUGAUUAGGAUGUAUUAGUUGAAGUUAUUCUUACCACUUUUUAAAUUUACCUCCUAAACUGAAGUUUGAUGUCUAAUAAUUUCUGUUAUAAAUGAUCAACCUUUUAAUGACCAUCCAGUGACAUGGUAGGCAUACUGUAUUUGAAUCUACCUCUUAUAUUUUAUGAACCAAAGAGAAAUGUUGGACUCAUCUUUGUGAAACAUAUCCCAAAAUAUAGUUUUCAUUAUAUGAGUUAUGCCUGACAAAUGUCUCAGUAUUUUUGUAAUACAUGAUAAACAUGGGACUCUGUCUUUAGGGUGGUUUGUACUUGGAGUAAUACAUAAAUGACAAUAUUAAGGUACAUGAUUAGCUUUUUCUUUCUUUACUCAUAAAAAUUAUGGAAUGAACAAUUGAAAUCUCAAGCUACUGAAAAGUCAUCAUUGUUCACUAUGAAUUUAAAUUGUUUGCUAUUUAACAUUUGUAAGGAGUGAAUGUGAUUUAUCUAUGCAUCUUGUAUUUUUUGAAACAAUCAUCUUGUAUCUUUUGAAAAGAACCCCGAAUUGAAGAUACACUGUUUCUGGCG